CAGCUGAGUACCCGCAUCAUCUGUGGUCCUCUGCCCAGACACGGCAGUGUUUUCUUCCUGAUAUCAAAACAGUCGGUCAUCUAUCCUCAGUAUAAGCCAUCUCUCUAUCUGCUGAGCCACACAACGCGAGGACAGCAGCCAUGACUCGACACCGUACUCUCAGAGUGGACGUUGACAAAGUUAUCAGCGUUGUGUAUGUGGUCGGCUCGGAACUAAGCGUGAACAUGGACAGGAGUGCCCCGCCCAAAUCCAAGUUCUACUCUGUGAAAUGCAGCUCCAAUGUUAAUUACAGCAUCAACCCCCCGCCUAAGGAGAAGUUGCACCUGUCUCCCCUCCCCCUCCAUGAAAACCAAGUGCUCCUCAUCACCAUGGACCACGCCAGUCAACAGGAAAAUGAAAGCAAGCUCUCCGUUUGGUACUAUGGGGAGAAAAAUAUGGUGCUGGGGAGAGCAAUCCUGCACCUGACAGCUGUUGAGAUCUCUCUGGAUGUGGAUGCUGACAGAGACGGCAUAGUGGAAAAAGACAACCCUAACAAGGCCUCCUGGAAAUGGGGUGAAAACGGUCAUGGAGCCAUCCUAUUGGUCAACUGCGACUCUGAGCGGAGAUACUUAAAGCAACCAGACCUCAAGAAUGACUCUGUCUCCAGAGUGUCAGAUCUAAAAGACAUGUCACGCAUGGUUCUAAGGACCAGAGGCCCUGACAAGCUCCCGGAGGGCUACAAGCUCACCAUGCACAUGUCCAAGAGCCAUGCAGAGAGUGUCAGAGUCUUCAGGGCCAAAACUGCUGGAGCUGCUUCGAGCGGCCCGGCGAGUGUCUUCUACAGGGCCUUUCUGGAAAGCUAUCCCCUGGUUCUCAGCAGUGAGGUUUUGUCUGAGCAGGUGCCUUACCAAGGAGGCAAUACAGAGCUGACCUUUUACGUGGAGGGUCUCAGGUUUCCGGACAAAGACUUCAAUGGAUACGUCAGCAUCAACCUCAGUCUGUUGGAGCCCAUCGGGAGUAAUGUCCCUGAUACGCCUAUUUUCACAGACCGAGUCAUGUUCAGAGUGGCUCCAUGGAUCAUGACACCUAAUACCCUCCAGCCCAUCGAGAUGUUUGUCUGCAGGACCGGUGAUAAUUACACAAUGCUGGAUGAUUUAAAAAUAUUUGCUAAAAAGAGCGGGUGCGAGAUGAAGAUUUGCCCCGUAUAUGUGAACAGAGGAGAUCGCUGGAUCCAGGAUGAGAUGGAGUUUGGUUACAUCGACUCCCCUCAUCACCAGUUUCCUGUUGUUCUGGAUUCUCCUCGACUUGGAGUGCUGGGUGACUUUCCAUAUGAUCAGCUACUGGGCCCUGACUUUGGCUAUGUUACAAGAAAGCCCGAGAAAAAAGAAGUGACCAGUCUGGACUCUUUCGGUAAUCUGGAGGUCAGUCCCCCUGUCACCGUGAAUGGAAAAAAAUACCCUUUUGGCAGAAUCAUCAUUGGAGUGGCCUUUCCUACGGCAGAGACUGGUCGGAACAUGACCCAAGUUAUUCAGGACUUCUUGUGGGCUCAAAAGGUUCAGGAGCCGGUGGCUUUAUUUUCUGACUGGCUCCUCGUUGGACACGUAGAUGAGUUCAUGACCUUUGUUCCUGCACCUGACAGAAAGGGGUUUCGGCUGCUGCUGGCCAGCCCUGACGCCAGCUACAAACUCUUCAAAGGCCUACAGAAUGAUGGAUAUGGACAAGCCAAAAUGUUUGAGGACGUGGAAGGUGGGACACCCAUUUCAGUGGAUGAGAUACUUGCUGACAAGGAGCUUCAAACUGAAAACAACUACGUGCAGAGCUGCAUCGACUGGAACAGAGACGUUCUGAAGAGAGAGCUGGGCUUGGAGGAUGCUGAUAUUAUCGAUCUGCCGAUCCUCUUCAAGCUAUUGAAGAAAAAGAAGGGGAUAAAAGCACUGGCCUUCUAUCCUGACAUGGUGACAUGAUCGUCUUGGGGAAAAAACCUCGCCGUCCCAAAGCCUUUUGGACCCAAGGAGGGGGGGCGCUGUGCUCUGGAGACUGAGAUGAGCUCCCUGAUGGAGGGCCUGGGGCUCAAUUGCACGUUCAUCGACAACUUUGCCACCUACCACAAACUGCUGGGAGAGUUGCACUGUGGCACCAACGGCAGGAAACCGUUCGCAGAGAAGUGGUGGAACGUGAAGAUUUGAAACUACAAUGGAUGGUGAUGGGUCUUACAAAAUACUUGAGAAAACAGAGCAUGAUCUUUUGUCUUAUGGUGUGUACUUCUUUUAGUCUUGCAAACAACUAUCAACUGUAAUGUGGGAAAAGGUAACUAUGGGGUGAGAUUUGUUUUUUGCAUCUUCAUCUUUAUUAAACAUUUUUGUAGGCUUUAUUUACAAAAGGAUGAAAACCAAUAUUUACAAACAACUCUUUCGAACAAGGGCUUAAGCAGACAGAGAUACAAUCACUUUAAUUGAGCACAAGAUGAUUCACUCCCAAUCUUUGUGGUUUGAAACAAACUGUUGUGCAAGCACAGUUUAGAAGAAUAGUACCACACAAUGUGCUAUAAUAAGUCAGAGCCACAAGAGGGCACACUUUAUCCUACUCAAGCAUUUCAAAGUCAGAGGAAAACAAUUUCACAAAUCCCUUUCAAAGGCUCAGAAUGCUUCAUUACAACUAUAAUGGACCUUUGUUUCUGUAGUCGAAAUGUUGCUGUGCUCCAUUUGUAGCUCUAAAAUGCUUGAAGAAUACAGUUUGUCUGCUGUUUUGUGUUUGGUCCAUUGCCUUUAACAUUUUGCACUUUCAUAACCUUUAAUGCAAAGCAAAUAAUGUCAUGUAGACAAAGAAUCUCAUGUUUGCUUCAGUCAAAUCAUUGAAUAAAACACUGUGCAUGUA